UCUCAUUCAACUCCGCCAUUCGCAGCCACUCACUCCAUCGACCCUUGUCUCGCUCAGACGCAGGCCCACCUCUGCUUCUCUGCUUUCCUCGUUCGCUUCGUGUCCUGUAUCUGGAGAAAUCGUGUACGUGUCCUUCAUCUUUGCUUUGAUCUCGCUUCGGUCAAAGAUGUCCGACUCCAUGCAUCAACGCCGAUCACCGACUGCACACAACGUCGCCCCUGAUGCGGUCGAGCAGGAAUUCAACCAUCCUGCGAUCGAUCUCAACCGUCCAGAUCUCAACGAUCCGAGGGAAGAUCAGGAUCCGGAUUCGUCUGACUCCGAUUGCUGGGGCGUUGUCUCCGUCGAUCAAUCUGGUUUAGCUCUGGUGGCAGUCAUCAGCAGCGGGUUGACCAUACUCAGCCAAGAAGACAUGGUCUACCGCUUUCUCCAGGAGAAAUUCAUCCGGUGGCUAGGUGUGCUUGAGGCGCAAGUUACCGUGGUGGCAAUCCACCAGAACUACCACUCCAGCUUCCCGCCAAAGCACGGGCCCAAGCGUUUCAAGAUUGCUUGCAGGCAGUGCGGAAGAAAGGCAACAGCAGCAACGCCAACGUGA